GGGAGGUGGUGGCGCUUGGUGGCGACUGGCGGCGGAGGAAGAGGCAGGCGGCGGCACUGGAGUUGGAUUCGGGCGGCGGCAGGUUACACGUGCUCAGUUCCUUCUGCCAUACUCGGAUGACAAGGGCUCAAGGCUCCUCAACAUUCUGGUUGCCCAUCGUUUUAAUACUCCUGUUCUUCUGGUGAAGGCUGAUGGUUGUGAGUCAGGAAAUCCAAGAGUCUGUGAACAAGUGAGGUCACACAUUACCUAAAGGUUGUAUAAGUUAAAAUGAACAAAUUACGGCAAAGCUUUAGGAGAAAGAAAGAUGUCUAUGUUCCUGAGGCCAGUCGCCCACAUCAGUGGCAAACAGAUGAAGAGGGUGUUCGUACUGGAAAAUGUAGUUUUCCAGUUAAGUACCUGGGCCACGUAGAAGUCGACGAAUCAAGAGGAAUGCACAUUUGUGAAGAUGCUGUAAAGAGACUGAAAGCUGAAAGGAAGUUCUUCAAAGGCUUCUUUGGAAAAACUGGAAAGAAGGCCGUGAAAGCAGUCCUAUGGGUUUCAGCAGAUGGACUCCGAGUUGUGGAUGAAAAAACUAAGGACCUCAUAGUUGACCAGACAAUAGAGAAAGUUUCUUUCUGUGCCCCAGAUAGGAACUUUGACAGGGCUUUUUCUUAUAUUUGUCGGGAUGGCACUACACGACGCUGGAUUUGCCAUUGCUUCAUGGCUGUUAAGGAUACGGGAGAAAGACUGAGCCAUGCAGUGGGUUGUGCUUUUGCAGCCUGCCUGGAACGGAAGCAGAAACGGGAAAAGGAGUGUGGUGUGACGGCCACUUUUGAUGCCAGCCGGACCACAUUUACCAGAGAAGGCUCCUUCCGAGUCACCACAGCUACUGAGCAAGCAGAAAGAGAGGAGGUCAUGCGGCAGAUCCAGGACACAAAGAAAGCUGAAACAGAUGCAAAGACUACAGCAGCUUCGUCAGCAACACCCAGUAGCACUGCCCCAUCCCCAUCUUCUCCUACCUCCCCAACUGCUGACACCACUGCCUCCCUUGAGAUGAAUAAUCCCCACGCCAUCCCUCGACGUCAUGCACCGAUUGAGCAGCUUGCCAGACAAGGUUCAUUCCGAGGCUUUCCUGCCCUUAGUCAGAAGAUGUCACCUUUUAAACGUCAGCUGUCCCUGCGCAUCAAUGAGUUGCCUUCCACUAUGCAAAGGAAGACUGACUUCCCCAUCAAAAAUACAGUGCCAGAGGUAGAAGGGGAAGCAGAGAGCAUCAGCUCCUUGUGCUCACAGAUCACAAAUGCCUUCAGCACACCUGAGGACCCUUUCUCAUCUGCCCCAAUGACCAAACCAGUGACAGUGGUGGCACCGCAGUCCCCUGCCUUUCAAGGCACAGAGUGGGGUCCCUCAUCUGGAACAGCCUCACCAGGAAUCUUUCAAGCUGGUCAUCGACGCACGCCUUCUGAAGCUGACCGAUGGUUGGAAGAGGUUUCCAAAACGGUUCGGGCUCAGCAGCCCCAGGCUCCGACUGCCCCCCUGCAAACAAUUCUCCAGCCACCUCCACCCCCAACUCUGUCCCAGUCAGCACCAUCUUUCCAAGGAAAUGCUUUCACCACCUCUCCGCCUGUGCCAGUGGGUGUGGUUCCACCAAUGCAACCAACAUAUGUCUCUGCCCAGCCCUACCCAAUAGCCAAUGGGAUGCCCUAUCCAUCCUCAAACGUGCCUGUGGUUGGCAUCACCCCCUCACAAAUGGUGGCCAAUGUGUUUGGCACUGCAGGCCAUCCCCAGGCAAAUCACCCCCAUCAAUCACCCAGCCUUGUCAAACAGCAGACAUUCCCUCAGUAUGAGAUGAGUAGUACUAUCACUAGCCCAUUCUUUAAGCCCUCUGCCCAGCACCUCAACGGUUCUGCUGCUUUCAAUGGGGUAGACAGUAGCAAGUUGGCUUCAGGGGACAAGCAGCUGGAGGCUUCUGCUUCUACUGACCCAGUGGAUCCUUUUGAAGCUCAGUGGGCUGCAUUAGAAGGCAAGUCCAAACGCACUAACCCCUCACCAACUAAUCCUUUCUCCAGUGACUUACAGAAGACUUUUGAGAUCGAACUGUAGGCAGUCCUUGCGGCUUAUGCAUAUGGUCUGUCUUUUAGGUGAGGGAAGUGGGUUAAAGAAGCAAAGGGGGACUUUCUUUUUCUGAUCAGCACACUUUUUGGUAAUUCCAAAGGCCCUAUGGAACAAGGCCGGGCACACAGUGCAGAAAGGAAUGAUUUUUAAGAAAAUUACUUUUAAAAAUCCCUACAGAUGACCUGCCUUGCAGUUAGAGUAAAGGAGUCAUGGAAACGUGCCCCUCCCAUGCCUCUCUUCCUCUACACCCAACCCGUCCUGGAGAAACAGAGAGGCUGAAGUGAAGGAGCAAAAGGCUGUACCAGAAACCCAUUUGCAGGAUGGAAAAUGUGAUAGAAAGUAAAUCUACCUUUGUUUUUCAGUACAUCUGCCUGCCUGCCUCCCAUUUGACCACCUCACGGGCAAAGGAAAGUAGUCUGCUCUCAGCCUGAGGAGAGCAGCCGCAACAGCAGCAGGAUGUACUGCCUGCCAGGAUUAAGGAGUGGGGGGAGGAAGCAUCACUAGCCCAGCAAAGCUGUCUUUUAUGGGGGAUAAGGUGAGCUUCCACCUUAAGUAACAAUGAAUAUUAUAUAAAUAUAUAUAUAUAAAUAUAUUACAAGAAAAGCCAAAAUUUUUAUUUUUAUGCAUUUAGAAUAUUUUAAAUAGUCCAAUAUUAAAAAGUCAUAAGAGUUGUAAGUAAUCUUGCCAAAGGGAAAAGGUUAGCUGUAAGAAAUUGUAUAUAAGAUUGAUUUAUCAUUGAUUCCAAUCAAAAGUAACCAGAGAAGGGAGGUUAGAGGGUGCGACAGAGGGGAUUCCUAACUUGUUCUAUAGCAUACAGUGUAAGUAGCACAUUGCAACAACAAUCAUGAGUCGUGACCAGUAAGGUUCCUAGAUGGUAGUAAUAAAUAAAGACAAUGAAAGAGCAGUAUUGUCCUGGCUUUCAAACUACUGCAAAAUUCCAUUGGAUCUAAAUUAUCUACAUACACACACAUGUGUGUAUAUAUAGAUAUACAUACAUGUGUAUAUACACACAUAUAUAUGUAUAAAUAUAUAUAAUAUACAAAUAGCAUCUGUAUUUUCUUUUAUGUAUCAAUGCUCUUUCCUUGUGUUGCUUCUUUUCUUGCUUUUGAAACUCCUGUGACGGAGAAUCAUCUACAUGAGGGGGUGACUGACGCCAAGUUUUACCAGGUGGGUCUGUGACCCAGGUCUCUGGUAUUGGUUUUCUUCUUCAAGUUUGGGGAGGGAAGAGAUCUGCUGCCUUUAGCUUUUUGUGCUUCUUUUGUUUGGUUUUCCCUCAUCUGUUUUGAUUAAUGAAAAGUCCAUUGCCAGCGAUACCUGUUGGACCUCUGGUAACAACAUGAAAUCCCAUCUCAUUUAAUUUUACUUUUAAACGUUGGCCUUACAAUCAAAUGUACGUUUUACACACACACACACACACACACACACACACACACACACACACACACACACACAAAAUUUGUACUGAUGACAAUUUAUAAUCUGAUUUAACAGAAAUAAAUGUUGGUGGUAAGAAGUUGUUGCCAGUAGCACUGUUCUUUCCCCAU